GGUUAAAUUGGCAAUCGAUAGAACAAUCGAUCAAGUUGGCUGCGAUGAAAAUUUUGUCAAAUUUUUGCAGUGCUGUUGGAUGAAAUCUCUUCGUUUUAUUUCUUACUCAAUUACUUGAAUUUCUAUUCACUUUGGGAUGGCCACUAACACUGGAAUGAAAAUUUUCCGUGAUUUUUUCCGUGAUAGUCCCUGUCGGAAGGCAUAUAUGCUAACACAUCAGACGAACUUUGGCCACCAAUAUGUGAAGAACAAUAGCCUACGAAAACCGAAUCGUCAGCUGGACCUUAGACCGAAAACUGCACCGAUUCUUCCUUCAAGCCUGGCACAAGCUGUUGCCAACCACAAUCUGCUGGAUAAUCAGUAUCCGGAAAGAAUGCGUCCAACCACCAGCGGAAAAGUGCUAAAGCGGCGAGAUAAUACUCCGUUGAGCAUCAGACGGCCUGGCAGCGGCAAUAAACCUUUGAUUCCGAGCCGACCGAGAAAAUCGAUCGUUGAUAUCGGAAGUAGAAGUCCACCCACUUCAAGCGAUAAUGGGCGUCGAAAGCAAAAACACCCAAAGCAGUUCAAAUCGAAGGUACAAAACCAAAAAUCUACUAUAAAACCGUGUAAGAUUUGCAUCGAUGAAGAUGAUUGUGUCAUAGAAAAUCAAUCGCAGAAUCUUGAAAAAAAGCGAGACCAUGCAUCAGACGGUUUUGAACAUUUGGUACAAGAAAUUGACAACAUUAGGUUCCAGUUGGCAAAUCGCGAAGACAUGAGGCAGAUCUCACACGAAGAAUCUUUGCGAUUGAUCAACGAAAUCAAGCGCAUGUUUCACGCUCAGAUGGAACCCUUUAAUGCAACUUUACAACCAGAAAAGAAAAAGCUCAAGAUUAAGGAAAUGGUUCGUUCGCCUAGAUUCUCCGGUGGUCGAAUCUCCACUGAAUACUUUGACCUGUCGAAGAUUCCAGGUAGGGUGGAAAAGGAUUUUCGAAAGGCGAAAACCAUGACAAAGCACACUAACAAAUCGUUCGAGCAGGGGCCACUUCGGUUGUUACUUCCAUAUAUGAAGGACGCUAUUUCCGAAAAACAAGUUCGAUUUUAGAAAAAAAUACUAAAUUAAAUAGUUCGUCGAAGUAUAAUAAAUUAUUGUUUCUCUGGAAA